GCUCGCUAAAGACAGUUACACUCCAAAAAUCUCUCGAUCGCUUUCUUCUUCCUUCUUCUUCUCCGCCUAUAUCUUUUCCCUUCCGGCCGCGCGUAACGGUCACUUUUCCGCGCGUAACGGUCACAUUUCCGGUGCCUGUUCUCUCAUAAACAUUAUUUGCGUAUGUUAAUUCACUUUAAACUAUACAUACUCUGAUUGAUUGUUGAUUUAUGUAAUUUACUAUAAAUCUGCUUUAAGUUAGCAUCUGGAUUGUGAGAUUGAUAUUGUAGAGACAGAAAUCAGUGAGAGAGAUGUGAGGAUUGAGGGAGUAGAAUGGUGUUGACUGCUGUGUCGACGACUAAAACGCCAAACCCUAAAGUGAAUUAUCAGAAUCAGAAGAGGCAGACAUUGUUGCCAUCCGAAGCUGGGAAUGGAACUGCGAGAAAACCGAAAUCCAGAGAGGUUACUUCACGGUACCAGUCGAGCUCUCUGCCAACCAUUUCUACAUCAACUACGUCAUCUUCCAACUCAUCCAGUUCAUUUUCGCCGUCAUACUCCGUUUCGUCAAGGAAGGAUAGAUCGUCGGUAUUGACGAGGGCGGAGAGACCGGCGGCAAAGCCUAUACAGAAUGCAGCUUCUGUUAAGCGGUCUCUGUCUGCGGACAGGCGCAGGCCGGGGACGCCCGUGAGGGUGGAGAUGUCUGAGGCGGCUAAGCUGCUGUUGACUACGUCUACCAAGAGUUUGUCCGUGUCUUUUCAGAGAGAAUCUUUUCCGCUGCCAUUUAGUAAGGUUAAGUCUGCGAAUAAUCUAAGCAGCCCUAAGAGAGGUACACCGGAGAGGAGACUAACGGUACAGUCCUCGGCUGCUAAGGAUCGAAUUAAUAACGCGAAGCCUAGUGAUCAACUGAGGUGGCCUGGAAGGUUAAAGCCAAAUUCAUGUUUCUUAACUCAGAGCUUGGAUUGUGGUAAUGAUGGAUUUGGAUUUGGAUUUGGAUCCAGAAGAGUAGUUCCAUUAUGUUUUGAGAAUAACCAAGCCAGGGUUCAGGGCAAACCAAAAUCUGAAAGUUUCAAUGUUAAGCCACAGAGGAAGGUUGGUUCUGGUUUGGUCUGUGAAGCCUCUGAUGGUGAAAGUAUCUCAUCAGGGAGUGCUUCAAGUGGGCAAGAAGGUGGUUCUGUAGCUCAUCUAAGCCUAGGACUGGGCAAGGUCUUACCACUCCCAGAGCAAAACACACCAGACUCGAAAAGCAAUGUAUAUAAAUCAAUGUCUCCUUCGAAGCAGAUUCAUCAUAAGAAAUAUGCAAAUGACAAGCAAGUCUUCUCACCUACCAGUCGAGGAUUUUCAUCUCCUCUUCGUCUUCGACCUGCUUCUCCCAGUAAGGCGUUACCUAUGACACCUAAUUAUCCUCUGAGGGGGAUGCCAAGUCCAACCAGAACAAGAAGUGGUGAUGUGGCUAAAAUGACCAAUACUUUGAAUGGCACACCUACUUCAACUUUGAGCUUUGCUACUGAUGUCAUCAGGAAAGGGAAGGCAGGUGAGAAUCAGGUUGCUGAUGCACUUGAGUUGAGGCUAUUGUAUAAUCGGCACCUGCAAUGGUGCUUUAUCAAUGCAAGAGCAGAGGUAGCUUGUUAUGUACACACGGAAAAUGCUGAGAGAACCCUAUAUGACGCAUAUUUGGCUACUUCAAAGUUACGUCAUUCUGUUAGAUCUAAAAAAACAGAACUGCUUUUAUUGAAGCACAAUCUGAAGUUGUAUUCCGUCUUCAAGCAACAAGUUCCUAUUUUGGAAAGUUGGGGUCACAUUGAUGAAGAGCAUUGCAGUUCAUUGUCAGCUGCUAUAUGUGCUCUGGAGGCUAGCACUAUUCGCCUACCUGUUGUUGAUGGUGCUAGGGCAGAUAUUCAAAAGAUAAAAGAAGCCAUCUGCUCAACUGUUGAUGUGAUGCAAGCAAUGGCGUCUUCGAUAUGCUCUCUUCUUCCUAAGGUUGAGCACACGAAUGCAUUGGUAAAUGAGCUAUCUAACACAGCUUCCCUAGAGUGUGCUUCACUUGAUAAAUGUAAAGAGCUCUUGUCCAUGGUGGCAGCGAUUCAGGUGAAGCAUUGUAGCCUAAGGACACAUCUGUUGCAGCCGAAGCGCAACCUAUCUGGCUCAACAACAGAAGUGCAAACCGCCACAUCUCUCUGACUGCUUCUUACAAUGAUUGAUCCUCUAACUUCAACCAACCAACACAACUCCGUUCCAUAACCAAAGUGACGCUCAAGCGACAGUGAUCAAUUACUAUUACAAAGCUGCUUGUUAGUUAGAGUGUUAAACAGUGUCAGGCGACUCUAAGAAUGUACUGCACUGUGUUUUUUUAUUUUUUCAUUUGAUGAAAUUACUUUUUUAAUUGGUUUUGAUUUAUAGGUUUUCCGGUUAUAUUUGUAAAUGUAUAAAUACUUCCACAUCUCCAAAUAUCUUGGCAUCAAAUCUCCCCUUAUUCUUUGUGUGGGGUUGCUGCACUAGCGGUAGUAUCUCUCUGGGUGCUGUCCUCCCAAGAAUCCUGUGCUGUGUGUGGGUGUAUGUUUGUCAGUGUGGGCGUGUGAAGUGUGAUAAUGGGAAUGAUAAGAAGAAUUAUCUCUUUGACAUGAUCCCCAAACUUUUGGAUGAUUUCCAGUAUUGUGGGCUUUUCACGAUUCUGGUUUCUUUUGGUAAUUGGUAGUGUGGCCUGUGGGCUUUUUGUGGACGCCAGAAGUUUUAGGUGAAGCGUUGCCUUUAUACGGCUACUCUAUUGGGGCCCAUCCAUUUUGCUGACAUAAUGAUGAUAAUAAUAUUGGGAUGUUUUUACUUGAACCGUUUUUAGUGUCAUGUCACAUCUAGGGGUGGACCGGUUCCGGUUCGGGCCUGGUUCGGGCUUGGGCUUGGGCUUGGCUGAGCCUCGGUUCAUGAAGGGCAGGCUCGGAACCGGCCCGGGUAACCUCCGGGUCCGGGCCGGGCUGGGCCGGGCCUCGGUUAUAUUUUUUUUUGGGCUUUUCCUAGUUAACCCCCAACCAUCCCCCUCACCCCCAAACCAACACUAACCACCUCAAAUGGCCCAAAAUACCCAGCCCAACCCAAAAACUUAAAAAAAAUUCAAAAAAAAAAAAAUUAAAAUUGGCCCGGCUCGGGCCCGAACCGGCCGGGCCGGUUCACCUUUUGAAGGGCCCGAGCCCGAACCGAGAUCCCAUCGGGCCGGGUGGCCCGAACCGGCCAACCAACCGGUUCACCGGGCCGGCCUGGACCCGCACAGUAGCGGGCCGGCCCGGACCCGCACAGUAGCGGGUCGGUCCGGUUGGUCCGGCCCGAGUCCACCCCUAGUCACAUCAGUUCAGAUUUGGAAAGUUAUAAAAUACAUAAAGACCUUACAUUUUCGAGACCAGAUGAGAUCAGAAAAUUCCAGUUCAAGUAAAAACAUCCCAAUUUUAUGUUGAUAAUACAUUUACUUCACCUUUUUUCACUUUGUACACUUUUGGAAUUUGCCUAGUUUUUCUUGACUAUGUGUGGUCUUUUCAUCCAUUUUUUGACACCUUUAUGAUGAUUUUAACCAUCGAAAAUAUAUCAACAAAGUAGAUCUAUACAAACAUGGGUCGGCCCGCCUGGCCUGUCCAGCCCGCCCAUACAAAUGGGCGGGUCUGAACAAGUAUAAUUGCCCACCGGGCAUGCCCGAGCCCGACCAGUAAAAAUAUGGGCGGGUUUGGGUUAUAUUGUAGGCCCGUUCGGGCCAAACAGCUCGGCACGAAAAAUUAAUAAUAUAUGUAGUACAUAUUACUAUUAUUAACUUAUAUAAUGCAUAUUAUAUAUAUUUAUAUCUAUACUAGUACGUACACAAUGAACCAUAUUAUUUACGGAGUACUUCGUAUUACUUACUCCUUAUUUCCCAUUAGUGAACCUAAGGGUGGACCCGGGUCGGGCCUGGGCGGACUUUUUUUUGGGAAAGGGUGAACCAGAACCGGCCCGGUCCGGCUCGGGCCCGGUUCUAUGUUUUUUUUUUGCUUUCUAAU